AUGGAAGGAAUUCAAGCUCAAGCUGGCACACAGCCAUACUCCAGCAUGGCUGGGAAACUGGAUGCUCGACUGUUGAAAGCGAUUGAAAAAAUGGGGUUUGAGUCCAUGACCCCUGUCCAACAGCGCGUGUUGACCGAUCUUCCGACUUGGCGCACCGACUGCCUCGUCCAAGCAAAGACAGGCACGGGUAAAACGCUCGCGUUUCUUCUGCCUGCUCUUCACUGCCUUCUUCAGGCUCGUUCGGCACCGCCCAUGGGCCAGGUUGCCAUUUUGAUUAUCACACCCACGCGAGAGCUGGCUCAGCAGAUCGCCAAGUCCUGCGAUCAACUGACAUCGCAAGUGACGCAGCCCCUGGAGUGCCAUAUUGCCGUCGGAGGAACCGCUCGGGCUUCUGCUCUGACUCGAUUCCUCAACGGAGCCCCGUCUGUCUUGGUGGCGACCCCGGGUCGCCUCAAGGACUACCUGUCUGAUGAGUACACCGCCGAGAAACUGGCCGACGUGCAAACCGUCGUCUUGGAUGAAGCGGAUACGAUGUUGGAGAGCGGCUUUUUGGCCGAUGUGAAGCAGAUCCUGCGACUCAUUCCAUCCAAGAAGGAAAAGGGGUGGCAAGGCAUGUGCUUCUCUGCGACAAUCCCGCCAAAGGUCAAGGAAGUGGUCAACGUGGUCUUGAACCCCGGCUACACCAGUAUCUCGACCAUCCAAGAAAAUGAGACUCCGACCCAUGAGCGCGUUCCUCAAUAUCACGUGGUGAUUCCUUCCGCGGCCGAAACUUUUACCGCGCUCACGGCGCUGUUGAACCUUGAGAGCAAGCAAUGUUCCAAGAUCAUCGUCUUCGGCGUAACAGCCAACAUGGUUGCGCUUAUGGCCAGGGUCUUUUCCCAGGGUCUGACCCCAUUGCAAGUGUUUGAGAUCCACUCGCGACUGGGACAAAGUGCCCGCACACGGACCACCGAGCAAUUCAAGCAAGCCUCUGCCGGAAUCUUGUUCGCCUCGGACGUCAUCGGCCGUGGCAUGGAUUUCCCCAACGUCGAUCUUGUCGUUCAGGUUGGUCUGCCAUCCAACGGCGAGCAAUACGUUCACCGGGUCGGUCGUACUGCCCGUGCCGGUAAUGAUGGCCGUGCCAUCAUUCUUCUGACUCCCGCCGAAUCCUUCUUCAUGAAGGUCAACCGCCACUUGCCUAUCCAGCCUCACCCCAACACCAACGCAAUCCUCGAGGACGCCACGGCAUGCACAGACACGGUCACCAAGGCCAUGUACAACGUCGAGGAAGAAACCAAACAACGCGCCUAUUCCUCGUACAUCGGCUUCUUUGCCGGCUCGGGACUUCUGAAGCAGGUCCGUCUGGAUAAGCCUGGUCUGGUCCAGCUCGCCAACGAACUAGCCAUCAAGGGUAUGGCGUGCCCCGAGCCUCCUCCCAUGGACAAGAAGGUGGUUGGCAAGAUGGGACUGAAGGGCGUUGCCGGAUUCAACUAUGCCACAGGGACCGACAUGAGCAAGAGCAGGGCUCCUCCCCGCUCUCGUGCCAAUGGCAAUGGUAACCCGCAGGCCAAGAGGCGUGACUCUCUGAGCCCCGGUGCUGGUCAAAAUGGCCGCCGGGGUCAAAUUGAGAAGAACCGCAAUGGGCGAGGAGGAGCUGGUGGCGGUGGUGGUGGCAAUGGCCGAGGAGGUCGCGGAGGUCGCGGAGGCUUCGGAGGCCGUGGACGUGGUGGAGGUCGGGGAGGUAGACCCAACGGGGCAUGA